AUGGAGAAAUAUAAAUUAUUUUUUGAUGAAAUAAAAGAAGAAAAUAAAAAAAUUGCAAAAAAAAUAAUUUUUGUAAAUAAUAAAAUAAAAUAUAAAGUAUUAAAUAAUAGAAAAAUUGAAUUUUAUAAAUAUUUUAUAAAUAGUUAUGAAGAUGAAAAAAAAAAAAAUGUGUAUAAGUACUAUAAGCAUAAAAUAGUAAAUAGCAAAAAAAAAAAAAAAUAUUUAGAUAAUAACUUCCCUUAUUUUGAAAUUUAUAAGAAUACAAAUGAUGCAUUUAAAAAUAAUUUUCAAGAAUAUAAUAUAUUUAAAAUUAUCAAGGAUUAUGAUGAAUUGAAAUUAUUUGAUUUUUGUUCAAAGAAUAAUAUAAAAAAUUGUUCUCAUUUAUUCUCUCAUUUUAUAGAAAUCAUAAUAAAAAAAAGAGACUUAUAUAAUAUCAAUAAUGUAUUAUUAUUAACAAAUAGUAUAAGAAAAUUAAAUUAUUAUCAUCCUUAUUUCUGUAAAUUAAUAUGUAGAGAAGUACACUUAGAUAUAUAUAAAAUUAAAGAUAUAAAUAAAAUUACAGAUUUUAUAAAUUUUUUAAUGCAUUUCAACAUAUUCAAUUUUUAUUAUUUAAAUAAAAUAUAUAAAUAUAUUAUUUAUUUAAUUACUCAAAACAAUGAAUGGAAAAUAAUCAACUCAAAUAAUUCUGAUUUAAAAAAAAAGUUACAUAUAACAGAAGAAAUUACAAAUAAUCCUAAUAAUAGUCUUAUACCAAUAAAUAAUAAUAAUGUUAUUAUAUUAUUAAAAUCUUUUUUAAAAUAUAAAUAUUUUGAUAUCAAUUUAUUAAAAUUAUUAAUAUAUAUAUGUAACCAUGACAAAUAUAUUCAUUUGAAAAAUAUAGAAUGCUUAUAUUAUUUAUCUAAGUUAAGUGAACAUUAUAACUUUAUAAAUAAAGAUUAUUCAUCUGAUUUUUUCAAUAUAUUUAAGAAUGUUAUAAAUGAUAAAUUAAAUUACAAUGAUUUUAUUUUAUUAUUGAAAACUUUUUAUAAUAUUUAUAAAACAUAUAACACCAUUGAACUAGAUCAUUAUAACUUGAUUAUACAAAAUUAUAAACAUCUAGAAAAAGAAAUUUUAAUGAAAAAUUCCUUAGUAGAAGUAAGUUAUGAUAAUUAUAUCUUGAUAAAUUCUAACAAAAAAGAAAAGGUAAUGAUAAAAAAUAAGAACAAAGGAAAGGAUAAAGAUUACUCAUUUAUUAAAGUUAAAAAUAACAAACUUAUAAAAAAUGAAACGUUUCUACCUUUUAAUAAUACUAUAGAUACUAAUUUAAAAAAGCAAAAUAUAAAUAGUGAUUAUCUAAUAUUGCAUUAUGAUAAUGAAAUAUAUACCUCUGAUAUUAACUUUUAUAAUUUAUUUGAUACCGUUAAAUAUAUAAUAUUAUUUAUAGAAUUAAAAAUUCUUAAGUUUGCUCCUUUUAAAAAAAAAAGUUUAGCUGAAAUUGAAUUUUUAAAAAGAAAAAACUUUGAAAGAGAUAAUGAAAAAAAUAUAUAUAAAUACAUUUCUCAAAAUAUAAAUGAAGAACAAAAUGAAAAUAUGGAAUAUAUAUUAAGAAAAAAUAAGCAAGAAAAUUUUGAUGAUUCAAAUUUACAAUUUCUUUUUUAUUUAAAUUAUUUAAAUCAUGAAAAAUUUAAAAAGGAAAAGAAUAAAUCUGAAUUUGAAGGAAAUAUACAGGAAAAAAAAAAAAAAGAAAACAAAGAAAUAGAAGAAAAAACAGAAAUUCAAAAAAAAAAAAAUAUUUCAUCAGAAGAUAUUAAUAAUUAUCUAAAUGAUAAAAAAAAUAUCAAAUUUAAUUUAAAUGAUAAUACAUAUUUCUCUCAUAUAUUUAACAAUUUAUCUUCAAUACAACUAGCAAAUAUAGAAGAUCAUAUAUUAAAUAAAUCGUUUAAAUUUUUAUUGUUAUUUAAAAAUAAUUUACAAAUACUUGAUGUUAAUGAUAUAGCUGAUUUAUUCUAUUCUUUAACAGUUUUUCAGAUAAUUCAAGGUUAUCAAAAAGGAAUAAUAAAAAAAAACAAAUAUGGAUACUACAAAAUUAAAGAUGAUAAGGAAAAUGAAGAAUUAUAUAAAGUAUUAUCAAAUAUUUUAAUUAAAAAACUUAUUAAUAUAAAAGAAGAAAAUUUAUAUAAAAUAAUUUUAUCCUGUGCAAAUACUGCUUAUUCAAAUUACUAUUUAAAAAAUUUCAAUAGAUAUAUAAAAUUUAGUAAAAUGAGAAAACUUAUGAACUGUUAG